CUCAGUUUUGGUACAUGGCUCGACAACUCAACACAUCAUUUCACAAUCUCUCCCAACUAAAAGAAUAAAACUGUAUUUUUUAAACGUAAUAUUUUCAACGGCUUUUUAAAACCCUAACUAGAAGUCUCACUCGGCUGAAAACCGAUGAAUUUGCUGCGCCGGCAGCCUCGGCUGCUGAGUAAGCGGUCCACGUGGCUGCUGCGGGAUUACUUGGUGGCCAACGGAGAUGUGUCCGAACCCGUUUCCAAUCCUGCGGCGUCUAUGUCCUCCCUAUCGAUAUCCGGACCAGCGUUGGCUGCCGCCGCCUCAGUAUCCGCAGUAUCCGCCGUAUCCCUGGUAUCCAGGUGCACCCACUCCAGCUUCCAAGGAGGUGGACAAGGAACAGGAGGAAGAGCCCGCAGAGGAUCAGCCACCGGAGGAGCAGCAGCAGCAGGAGGAGACGCCGCAAGAAGACAAUACUCCGGAGGACCAGCCGCCGCCGGAUCCGCCAAGCCCGGAGGAGCGUCCACCGGAAAGCCAGCUUCGGGCAACGCCCCAGCAGCUCCUCCGCCUCCGCCUCCUCCACCGCCUCCAACACCUGCAGCAGGCAAAUCUGCACCCUCCAUGAAAGCCAAGAAGCCGCGAAUGAAGACCUUCGAGAUCUACCGAUGGAAGCCCGGGGAUCAGCCGCAGACGCAAACCUACUCGGUGGAUCUGGAGCAGUGCGGCGCCAUGGUGCUGGACGCCCUGAUCAAGAUCAAGACCGAGUUGGAUCCCACGCUGACCUUCAGGCGCUCCUGUCGCGAGGGCAUCUGCGGCUCCUGUGCGAUGAACAUCAAUGGAACGAACACCCUGGCCUGCGUGUCGUCCAUCGACCAGAAUGAGAGCAAGUGCUGCCGCAUCUAUCCACUGCCCCACUUGUAUGUGGUGCGUGAUUUGGUGCCGGACAUGAGCCAGUUCUACGACCAGUACCGCUCCAUCCAGCCGUGGCUGCAGCGCAAGGAUCUCAAGCGCGAAGCUGGUUCGGCACAGUAUCUGCAGUCGGUGGACGAUCGCCUGGUGCUGGACGGCCUGUACGAGUGCAUCCUGUGCGCCUGCUGCCAGACCGCCUGUCCAUCCUACUGGUGGAACAGCAACAAGUACCUGGGCCCCGCCGUCCUCAUGCAGGCCUAUCGCUGGGUCAUUGAUUCCAGGGACGAGGCCACCGAGCAGCGACUGGACUUCCUCAAGGAUCCGUGGAAGCUGUACCGCUGCCACUCCAUCAUGAACUGCACCAACACGUGCCCCAAGCACCUCAAUCCUGCUCGAGCCAUCAUCCAGCUGAAGCAGCUGCUCGUGGGUCUGAAGAAGAAGGGGAAGCCCCAGAUCAAGACCGACGCCCUCUUCGCUGGCAAGGCAUAGGUGCACACUGGGAUGUCGACAUAACGUUAAUGGGAUUUACAUAUAUUUAGGCAACACUAACUAAAAUAUAGUACCAAUCUGUACACAGCGGGCAAUAUACCAAGGACAUAGCCUAUCACACCAUAUUUGAAUACAGGACUUUAUGGACUUUAUGGACUUUACGAUGAUUAGGUAGUGAACAAUAAAUGCUAAAUGGAAACUA